ACUCACCCCAAAGGGCUGGGAAUGCUGCAUCCAACUGUCAUUCCCACUCUCCUCUCUGCGGGCAUGUAGGACACGGCCCUUACUCUGCGCUUCAUUGAGAGCAUCUCUGCAGUCAGCCUGGCUGUCCAGAGGAGCGGGGAAUCCCAACCCCACCAGCUUCCUCACAAACAGGAGCUGCUCAGCCAGCUGCUGGAGAUCAUUAAGGCCGAGCCAUGGAGCUCCCUGCUGUCCCCAGUUCGCCAGGAGGCAAUGGUGGCCAUCAGGCACCUGAGUAAAGCGAAGCAGCCACUGAGCUGCGAGAAGAAUCAGGAGUUGAUAGAGCAGUGUCUUGAUAGUGUCUUCUCCCUGCCUCUCCAGGAGCUCACUGAGGACGUGGGGCCUGUCCAGACUCUUUAUGCCAGCACCAUGGCCACCCUGGAGGGGCUGAUGCAGAUGUUACUGGAGGAGGAUGAAAUGCCAGAACAACUCCAGAGAAUCUUCCGGCUCCUGAAGAGAUGGCUGGUGUCAAAGCAAGUGUGGGAGCGUGCACGUGCCAUGCGGGUCAGCACCCACCUGCUGAAGGCGUAUCUCCAGAUGGUCACCAUCACCGGCCUGCUCUCAUGGUAG